CUCCAGUCCAAUACAAGCUCCACGUCAAUCUGACGGACGCCUCUGCUACAUCCCGUCGGUCUCUUCGCAGGCUCCCCUGGAUUUGCUCAGGACAAAGGCUGCCGCUAUCAGUUAGCAAGUGCACUCCUAGGAUGCCGUCUGAACGGCAUCCGCUUGCUGCUCUCGUUGCUGGCAGCUCCGAUCACAUGGGCCGCGGCUAUCUUUAGCCAGAGGGCUUCAUAUUACAAGCGAGCGGUUCGGAGCGGCUGGGAAGGCACAGAAAGAUAUCAAACCACCGAGAAAGAGAUAGGAAUUGCACCGGCUGCACGCUGGAAGGCACCUUGGGUACCACUCCUGGCGUGCGGAUGCAUUACGAGGCACCGCCAAGUGCAUGCUUGCUGAGUCGCCUCUCCGGCAGCCAGAGCAUGACUCAGACGUCGGCAACCGAGAGAGUCCGGAUCAACGUGGAAGAGGCGUUUUUCGCCGUGGACAAGGCCCUGCUGGUGGAGCACAGCGACUACUUCUGCGCCCUCUUCCGCUCCGGCAUGAGGGAGAGCACGCAAGACGAGAUCCAGCUCCAGGACCUGAGCGCCACGGGGUUCUUCAUCAUGCUCCAAGUCCUGGCGGGCGAGAGCCCCACGCUGAGCUGCGAGGAGAACGUCAAGGCGGUCGAAUGCGCGGCGUUCCUGCACGUGAAGCCGCUGGCCAAGUACCUGAUCAAUUCGAUCAACUCUGACAACUGCAUCAUCCUGUAUCAAGCCGCCGCCAUUUUUGGCUUGCUGGACCUUUUCCACAGUGCCGCCCUGUAUAUCCGGGACAGCUACUCUGAGCUAGAGCAGUACUUAGACUGCCUUUCCCCUGACCUGCUGGAUUACGUCGACUCUCUCGUGCCCAGCACGUUCAUCGCGGUGGGGGCCCAUACGCCCACCUUUGAGUUCCUGGAGGACCUUUCGAGGACCAUUUGCUACCUGGACGAGGAGAGCAACGCGUGGAAGACGCUCUCCUGCUUACCGCUGGCGGCCAGCACGUUCCUGGCCGGCAUGGCGACAUUGGAGAACAAGAUCUAUAUCGUGGGGGGCGUCUACGGGGCCAGCAAGCAAGUCGUAGACAGCAGCUUCUGCUACGACGCCGACACGAACAGCUGGAGCAAGUUCCCCAGCCCCAAGCAGCCCCGGUACGACGUCACGCUGACGGGCCACGAAGGCUGCCUGUACGCCAUCGGAGGGGAGUACGAGAAGGUCUCGCUCAAAUCCGUGGAGAAAUACGACGUGUCCUCCAACACCUGGACUUUCCUCUCCGACCUGCCCCAGCCCACGGCAGGGGCGCCCUGCACCCAGGCGAUGGGGAGGAUCUUUGUCUGCUUGUGGAAACCCCUGGACACCACCAUCAUCUACGAGUACGAGACCCAGAAGGACGAGUGGCUUCCCGUCGCGGACCUGAAGAGGCCUCAGAGCUACGGUCACUGCAUGGUGGCCCACCGAGACAACCUCUACGUCAUGAGGAACGGGCCCUCGGACGACUUCUUGCGGUGCGUGAUCGACUGCUUCAACCUCACCACCCGGCAGUGGGCGGCCUUACCCGGGCAGUUCGUCAACAGCAAGGGAGCGCUCUUCACGGCCGUGGUCCGGGGGGACACCGUGUACACCGUCAACAGGAUGCUCACCCUCCUCUACUCCAUCGAAGAGGACAGCUGGCGGUUCAAGAAGGAGAAGGCCGGGUUCCCGAGGGCAGGCUCCCUGCAGACCUUUCUGCUCAGGCUACCAAGGAGAGACCACAGCAUUGCCACCUAGUCGGUGCCGUGCAGGCCACGGCAUACGAGAGAGCUGAAUGAAGUG